GGUCUUCGCCGACCGCCGGCCUGGGAGCGGGCGCAGUCUCUCCCGAAGCUGGGACCUAAUAAAGUUGCACUGAGUGGAAACCGGUCCGCGCCCUGCAAGUGUGCACGGAGUACCGGCGGGGACACUCUCCCCCGCCCCACCCCAUCCCCGCCUGCUUUACUUGGUUUGGGACUGAUGAAGAGGCUUGCUACUUUAUCCUGACAAAAGAAGUGAUGUAUAUUUAGGGUACAAAUUGAGACAUAUGCUCAUUGAACAUGGCUAGUGAUACGCCUGAUGCAAGAAAUGCUGGAUCAUCAUGAAGAUAAAUCAGCGUUUUCCCAUUAUUGGAUAAUCGGUUCUUCUGUAGAAAGAUUGUUUAUCAUUUUUGAUAAUAUCAUUGUUUAUUAAUUGUGAUAAUAGCUUCAAAUAUACAUUCACAUUUAAUAGUAAAGUUUCUUGAAGAGAUAUCUCAAAUGACGUCAAUGGCCAGUUUGUUUUCAUUUACUAGCCCAGCUGUAAAGCGAUUAUUGGGCUGGAAACAAGGUGAUGAAGAAGAAAAAUGGGCAGAAAAAGCAGUUGAUGCUUUGGUAAAAAAGUUAAAAAAGAAAAAAGGUGCAAUGGAAGAACUAGAAAAAGCACUCAGUAGCCCUGGACAGCCCAGCAAGUGUGUUACUAUUCCUAGAUCUUUAGAUGGAAGACUACAGGUUUCUCACAGAAAAGGCCUACCCCAUGUUAUUUAUUGCCGAGUCUGGCGUUGGCCUGAUUUACAGAGUCAUCAUGAGCUGAAGCCAUUGGAUAUUUGUGAAUUUCCCUUUGGGUCUAAACAAAAGGAAGUUUGUAUCAAUCCAUACCACUAUAAGAGAGUGGAAAGUCCAGUCUUACCUCCAGUAUUAGUGCCUCGACAUAGUGAAUUCAAUCCACAACACAGCCUUCUAGUUCAGUUCAGGAAUCUAAGCCACAAUGAACCACAUAUGCCACAGAAUGCUACAUUUCCAGAUUCUUUCCAGCAACCCAACAACACUCCUUUCCCCUUAUCACCAAACAGCCCUUAUCCUCCUUCUCCAGCUAGCAGCACAUACCCCAAUUCUCCUGCCAGUUCUGGACCAGGAAGUCCAUUUCAACUCCCAGCUGAUACUCCCCCUCCAGCUUAUAUGCCUCCUGAUGACCAGAUGGGUCACGAUAAUUCUCAAUCUAUGGAUAUAAGCAAUAAUAUGAUUCCUCAAAUUAUGCCAAAUAUAUCUACUAGAGAUGUCCAGCCUGUUGCUUAUGAAGAGCCCAAGCACUGGUGUUCAAUUGUUUAUUAUGAAUUAAACAAUCGAGUUGGAGAAGCUUUCCAUGCAUCUUCAACAAGUGUUCUAGUUGAUGGAUUUACAGAUCCUUCCAACAACAAAAGUAGAUUCUGUUUAGGUUUGUUGUCAAAUGUUAAUCGUAACUCAACAAUUGAAAAUACCAGGCGGCAUAUUGGAAAAGGGGUUCAUCUUUAUUAUGUUGGAGGGGAAGUCUAUGCUGAGUGCCUGAGUGACAGCAGCAUAUUUGUACAGAGUAGAAACUGCAACUUUCAUCAUGGCUUUCAUCCUACCACUGUCUGUAAGAUUCCUAGUGGUUGUAGCCUAAAGAUUUUUAACAAUCAAGAAUUUGCUCAGCUUUUGGCGCAGUCUGUCAACCAUGGAUUUGAGGCAGUCUAUGAACUCACCAAAAUGUGUACAAUUCGAAUGAGCUUUGUAAAGGGCUGGGGAGCUGAAUAUCACCGACAGGAUGUUACCAGUACUCCAUGCUGGAUUGAAAUUCAUCUUCAUGGGCCUCUGCAAUGGUUGGAUAAAGUACUUACUCAAAUGGGCUCCCCUCUUAAUCCCAUAUCUUCUGUUUCGUAGUGCUGAAGUCUUAACUUAAGUUACUAUAUUAGUGACCUUAUUUUAAUUUUAGAGAUACCUUCAGUAUGGAUACUGUGAGCUUACAUAGAAAACAGAUAUUUCAGCUUACUUUUUCUACCUACUUGUGACCAAUACAUUUGUAUUUUGUAAUGAAAGGACAUUUCUGUUUUUACUCAUGGUGUGUUAUAAAAAAUGGUAGUUGAAGUCUCAAAAAUGGCCUGGAAGAUGCAGAACAAGUAUUAUGACCCUUCAUACAUAUAUAAUGUAAAUCAGAUGAUUUUGCAUUCAUCUUGACCUGAAAAAUGCAUUUACUUCAGUGUCACACCAGUUUUUAAAUGAACCAAAAAAAAAAAAAAAAAAAAAAACCACAAGAGUGUGAGAACUUCUUGGAGGGCAUGUUGUGUUUCUUUAAAAAAAAAAUUAUGAAAUGUGUUAUUUAAAGAAAUGCCAUUCACUGUUCUAGCUUUCAGGUAGUCAGUAGUAAAGCAAAACUAUACUUUUAUAAGAUUAAACAUCAUAAAAUUUACAUUUUUUUCUUCUAAAUAUUUGCCUCACACAAUAAUGUGACUUCAGUGUAUAUUUUGAAAUACACUUUAAAAAAUUAUUACAGACAAGUGGUAUCAGACAUGUGACAAUAUUUUAAUUCUGUCAUGAACACUAUUGUGAAUAGCUGGAUGAGAGGUCACAAAUUCCACUUUGAUUAUGUUGCCUUUAGCCACCAUUUGUAAGGAUUGUAAUUUAGUUAAGAAUAACCUUUUUAUUUUGCACUUUUAUGGGUGAAUAUUUUUUUUAGUGUAGCCUUUGACAAAGUGCCCAAACAACUCAGAUGUAGUUAUUAUUAGCUUGUUACCCCUUUUUGUGUCUUAAUACAAACAUUUUAGUUUGUAAAUGCAACUCAUACUUAAGUUGCAAGAAGUUUUUUUGUCUAGUUUUUUUAUUUUUGAUCAGAAUUGUAAGGUUUUUGUUUAGCUUUAACUUGAGAUGCCUUUUCACUCACAUAGAUGGCAUUACUUUUUUUAAAUUUAGUAUUUCAUUUAUUCCCCAUUACAUGUAAAAACCAUUUUCAACAUUUUUAAAACUGAGUUCCAAAUUAUUUCCCUCCUUCCCAACCCUCUUCAUUGAGAAGACAACCAGUUUAACAUAAAUAUGUAGUCAAGGCAUUAAUGUUAAGUGUCUGAUUUCAUCCUUAAGAAAGAUUUAGGUCAGUCUUUUCUCAGAAACAACAUGUACUUUAAGGCAAGUAUUUAUGACCCACAUAUAAGAAUAGAGAAUCUCCAGUGGUUUCUAAGGUUUUUAAAGAGAUUAUGCAUCAAAGAAUGCAAAUUGUACCAUUAGUAUUUGUGCAAUAGCUCAUCCUAAUUCACUACCUAGAUAAAUGGCAGUUAAAUACCUCAAAUAACUUUUUUUUAGGAUAGGAAUUAAAACUUUAAAUCUCCAAGCUUCUUGUGAGCUGCUAUAAUUUUCAGGUUAAAAGAACAGUCACUUUUUCAAGAAUGGAAUAAUGUGGAAGAAGGAAAGGAUCAUUGAAAAGAAAUUUAGUUACCUGUUCUCGGAAAUUUCAUUGUUGAAUGUCUUCAUAAGUAUAUAGAAUUGACAUUUUAUAAGUAGGAAGGAUACAGGUAUACUAUUACUUGAUUUCAUACUUUAGUGAUCUUAAGAAACAGGCCUUUUUGAUGGAGAAUGUGAUUUCCUUUUGGCAUCUAUACCAAUAUUUAAUUUGUUUUUUUGUGAAUUGCAACUAUUUUAAUUUGGUUAAAAUAUUUGUUUUUUAACACAAAUUUUCAUAUUGCCCUAGAGAUGAACCCUUUGCCAGAUAAAAGGAAUAACUAAUAAUUAUACAAUGAAUAUAAACAUUAUUUGAUAUUUGGAAUCCCGACUUGUAUUAAAAUCAGUAAAUGCCAUGUCUUUUGAUUCAACUUAGGAAAGAGUCCUACCUUUUUUUUUUUCUUUGAAUUCUCAGAAUCAAGUUGAGGAAACUUUGAUGAUGGAAAUCAAUAAAGCUUAGUUAAUAACUGAAGAGAGCUACUGGAGUAUUUUCAUGAUAAUGUAAAUGCAUUUUAUAGUUUUGAUGUUGAAUUAGGGAAAACAUUUAAUUUUAGUAGUUUGAACAGAUAUUUGAACUGAUUAAAAGUUAAUCAGGUAGUAAUUUAACCUUUCACAAAGGUUAAAGAUUCCUCUUUGGAGCUGAGAUAUAGUGCUGUCUCUUUGUUAGGAGUUUGAGUAUUGUCACUGUAAUUAUGAGAAAAUUGAAUUUGGAGGAUUACAGUUUAAAUUCAGAUAUGUUCUAUGAGAGAUGGGGGACUGGUUUAUCUGUGUGAGACAGAAUUUUUGUUGGUAUUAUGGAAACUUUUUUUGAGUAUAAAUCUCUUGUUAAUGUAAAGAUUUUUCUUUUAGGCAUAUUUAGAUAGGGCUAUAAUCUUUUUAUCAUCAGUUAAGAGAACUUUGAAAGAGUUUUAAAAUCUAAAGUAUUAUUUCUCUCAUCUUCAGAUACAACCCUAGGGCACAUUUGACCCUCUUUAUGUCACUACUCAUUACAUAUUUCUCUCUACUGCCAAAAGCUAAUAGCUUACCAGAAUUAUGUAAGUGAGUUGAACUGUUACUAAUAAGUCAACUAAUGAGGGAUAAUAUCAUAAGCAAACUAUUAUGUUAGAAACACAACUUGACUUUUUCAUGGUAAAUGUAUAAAUUAAAGAAUCUUAGGAUCUGUCAGUAUAUAUAUUUUAUUACACUGUUCUAAAGCAAUGGUUAAAAAAAAAUGCCUCACAAAGUAUUAGAAACAAAAAUGUGAAAAUAAUGUUAUCAGAGGUCAUUAAGGCACAUUUCUGUUAAUGGUCAUGAGUCCUUUUCUCAAAACAAAAACAAUUCCCUCUCCCCCAAACAACUGUGAUAUUUCCUGGGCCAAUCUGUAGGAGGAUGUGUAUAUUUUUCUCUCUGGGAGGCAACCUUACUGUUCCUUUUUUUUUUUUUUUAGUAUCCAUACAAUAAAAACUUAAAAAAGAAGUCAAGUCAGGCCUAUUUUCUCUGUUGCUCUAUAUACAAUAAGGCUGAAAAAUGGAGUUUGGGCAGGAAUGGUAAGGUAUUUAUUUAGGUGUUCUGGACAAAAUUAAGGCUCAAAAUCUGGGCCCAGCUUAAUCCAAGUUGCAGUUUUUCAUAAUGAAAAUUGACCCUCAAAAAUAUCUUAUAAAAGGUUUUCAUGUGAUACUUUAAUUACAGGAAUUUUGACAAAUGCAUUUAAUGUGAUAUAGUCUUCCUCCUGCCUUCUUCCAUACACUCUGCUCCUAUAACCUAACUGAAUUAUAAGUGGUAUUGUAUUUGGAGGGGUUUUUUGGGUGGAGAAGGGGCAGUCUUUAUUUAGGAAGAAAUUCAGCUGUAAAGAAGUCUUCCAAAUUUUAAUCGAGAUAAAAAGAAAAGUUUUAUGUUGUUAGUUUCAACAUAUCAUAAUGAGGCCCUAUUAUUAUUAUAUUAACAUUUUGAGUGAUAAAAAGAUGAGAAAUAAUAGCAUGACAACAUAUCGAUAUCCCCAAAAGCUAGAAUUAUAUUGGCUUAGAAAACUGAACUCAAUUGUAUUAAUAUUCUUAUCAGUGCUUCCUUAGGGUCAUGCUUAUGAUUUGAUCUAAUCAGUUAUUCUUGAAAGGCUUUUCUCUCUAAAUACUGAAAAAUUUAAAAGUCAUCUCACAUUUGCAACUUAUAUAUUUCUUAGCCUUAAUUAUCAGUUUGUGAAGCAUCUGAUUUUGCUUUGUUUUGUUUUUUCAAAGCAGGUUAUGUGCCAUUAUGAUAAUAAUACAAAACAAUGGUGUUGAGUGAUUUUUAGCUCCAGACAGUAUAAUAUUGACAAGCAAGAUUAUAAAAAUCCAGACUGAACAAAAAACUAGUAUUUCACAUUAACCAUAUUUUAAAAGAAAAAAUGGCAUUAAGUUUUUCCUCUUUGCCCUUUAAGAUAAAUGUGCUUUGAUUUAAUCAUAACCUUUCUUGGUAGAGAACUUUUUAGUGAUAGCAACUGUAGUAACAAUUUUACAGAUGCGUUUUUUAAAAACAUUUUCAGCAAAUAACAUUUUGAAAAAAAACUAAUUGUUUUACUUUUUAAGUGAUUCUAAUACCAUCAUAAAGUUUCUGUAUGUAUGCCUAUGCUUUUCUAAAAAUAAAUUUGAUAAGCAAAUAAUAGACCAAAUUAUUUGAUUAUAGCAUUGGUCUGCAUCUCAUUUGUAAUGCUAACAUUAUUAUGCUUUUAUUUACAUUAUUGGAAAUGAGAUUCUAACAGCAAGUUUUAAUUUUCUUCUCUUUUUGGUAGUUUAUAAAAUGUAUUAGUUUUUUUUGCAUGCUACAAAUCCUUAAUACUUAAGAAUUUUUGCGUAUUGCUCAUAAAUACUCUUUCAAUAAAUCUCAUUCUUUUCUUAUUUUAAAUUUUUUUUGUUUUGAAUUUAAAUUCCAGAAAAACAAGUAUUUCCAUGUACACAGCAGAACACAAGAUUGUAUGUGAAACCAGGAAUCUCCAUUUUGUGAUGCUUUGUUAAAAAGUAUAUGUUGAAUUCAAUGGGUUACUUUAAAAAUUGCCCUGCUUUUCUGUGCUUCCUUGUUAACGGUCUUCUGUUCUCUAUGCAUUUUUAAAAAAUGUUUCAGUGAUGCUUUUUUGACAUCACUGUUGUGAAUUCAUUCCAGUCAUACUCCCAAAUUAAAAACAAAAUCACAACCUUUAUAGUAGUUAUGCAUGAUUAAGCAAAAUAAAUCCACAUACUUGCUGUGUCCAAAAAUAUGUCUUUUUGUACUUUGACUCCAUAUUUGAGUCUUUGUCAGGAGGUAGGGAAUAUGAUUCAUCAUUGGCCCCCUAGAGGUGAAGUCAAUCAUUACAUCAAUGAGAGUUUUUAAAAGUUUUUAAAAGCUCUUUACCUUGUUUGUUGUCCUUGUAGAAAUUGUUUACUUGAUUCUAUUCCAAUCUUCAUUCUACAAAAAAGUCAUUCCCCAGAUUCUCUGAGAUUAUUUUUUACAGUGAAAUACUACAUUCAUGUUCUAUAACUUAUUCAUUCCCUAAUUAGUGUGUACCCUUUAUUUUAAAUUUACUUUUAAUGUCCUUUCUCCCUAUUCCCACUCAUUUUCCUGUUCGGUUUGACAUUUCGCAACAAAUCAUGUGUGUCUAUUCAUUUGCUUGUUUAUCCCUCCUUACUUAAGAGUGGCUGGGUUUUUUUGGCCAUUAUGUUCCUGGGACUUUUCUUUUAAGAUAUUUAUUUCAGGAGAUGAUCUAUGAAUUCUUUCUGUCAUCACUUUUCUUUUGGUUCUAAUAGGUCUAGGCAGUUUUCAUUUAUUUCCUGAAAUAUGGCAAUCACUUAAAAAAAAAACUUAAUCAUAGUUUUGGGGACGUACAUUGAUUCUGAAAUUAUUUCUUCUUGACCUCUUUUUUUACAUCCAUUGUUACAGAGCAAUACCUGAGGGUUUUUUGGGUUUUUUUGCUUUUGUUUAAUUUCUUCUAGCUGUUCAUGUAGUCCAUAUGAAAAAUUCACUUUUUGAGCUGCUGCUCAGUUUUUAUGAAGACAUUUUCUCCUUUUGGAUUGUAUUUUUGGAUGUGAUAAUGCUUUGUAGUGGCCCAAAUUUCAUAUCACUUAUUCGGCCUUAGUUCCUAAAUAGGGACUAUGUAUCAUGGUUAAAUUUUGCUUUCUGCUACAAUUCUGGUUCAGUCAUCACUCUACAAGGUCUAGAUCUAGGUUACAUGAGUGCUGUCUCUCUUUAUUUUCCAGGUUUGGGCUCCUGUAGAUUUUAUGGGUCAGAAAAUCUUCAUCAAGGUAUUUGAACAAUUCUAGGGACAAUAGAUUAUCUGGACCUAGGUGUCCUAAUCUAAACACUGCCACAACCCCAUGCUUUCACAUUGGUAACUGCUAUCUUAGGUUUCCAAGGACCUUGUUGUUAGUUUCUGAUUUACUUAGAAUUUUGUUUUUGGGGAGGACUCUCCAUUUUUGUCACUUCAGGUUACAAUCCUAUAGACUACCUUUAUCUCUAGCCGAAUCACAGUAGUCACAAUGGGAAGCUACUAUAUUUGCUUAUUCGAGUUGGCUUUGCUGGGUGAUCCUUUUCUUCUAUUGACCAUGGCAUUCUGACUGACUUUUUGUUCAGUUUUGGAAUGGAAGAAAUCCCUUAAACUAGUUUCUCAUGGGAUUUUUUAGUUAUUAUUCGGUCUGAUGUGUUUCUGAGGUUUUUGUGGGAUCUAGUAGAUCAGAUCUGUUUCCUGAUAUUCAGGCAACCUUCUUGAUUGAACAUGCCCUGGGUCUUUUUGCUCAAUCUGUAGUGUUCACUUCUAUUAGCUAGGUAGUACAGAUGCCAGCCUAGAAAGACUCAUUUUCUGAGUGCAAAUCUGGCCUAAAAUACUUAUUAGAUCUGUAAUCCGUUGGCAAAUCACUUAACCUAUUUGCCUGUUUUCCUGAUCUGUAAAUGAGCUGGAGAAGAAAAUGGCAAGCCGCUCCAAGUCUUUACCAAGAAAACCACAAAUUAGCUCAUGAAGAGUUGGACAUCACUGCAAAAUACUUAAUAGCAUUUGCUUUUGUGACAUAUUACUAAAUUUAAACUAAAUUUACUACUAAAGUUAAACAUAUGUAUUUCUCUUUGGGGGCAUUCAAUAAGUUGGUUUUCACCUCUUAUUUUUAUUUUAAAUUCAUUUAACACUCCUCCUGAAAAAGUUUUUUUAUGCAUAUAGCAAAACACAAGGGAAUAUUGUGUAUGAAAUCAUGCAUUUACAUUUCAUAUCACUUUUUAGAAAGCAUCAUCAUCAUAAUCAGAGCAAUUUAAGGUUUGCAAAAUACAAAUAUCUCAUUUGGUCCUCACAACACACUGGGGAGAUAAAUACUAUUAUCCUCAUUUUACAGAUGAGAAAAUUUAGACUAACAUGUUAAGUGAUUUGUCUGAGGCCACAUAACUAAGUCUCUGAGGCUGGAUUUGAAUUCAAGGUCUUCCUGAUUCUUAGUCCAUAACUCUUUGCCUUGUGGUACCUACAUAGUCCUUUCUUUCUUAAUGUUCCUUUCCUAUAACUAUACUACAUAUAUGACAUACAUGAUACAUAUAUUAGCAUAAUUCAAUAUUUUUAAAAGUCGUCAUUCUUUGUGCUGUCUUCUAAACUCCCUUUGUUAUUCUUUGCAUUUCAAGAAACUGACCUUAAGGGCCAUCCUAGUUGCUGCCUUUAUUGUUUGUGUCUGUCUUUGACAUUCAUUUCUGUGCUAAAUCCCCAAUUUGGGGGGAGGGGGUAGAAAGGGGUAGGAAGGCAGAAUAAAUGAGCAUAGUCCCAAAUGUUGGUAAUAUCUCCAUUGGCACUUCUCUUUCUUCUUAACUAUUACAUCUUUGUCAGGAGGAAGAUAACAUGCUUCAUCAUAAGUUCUUGAAGGAUGUGACUGAUGGUUACUUUGAUCAGAAUUCAAAAUUGUUUACAUUUUCCUUGUAUAAAUUGUUCACCUGAUUCUGCUCACUUAAUUUUACUUCAGUUUAUAUUUCUCCAGGUUCACAUACAUUAUCUCUUUAAUAAUUUCUUACAGUGUAAUAUUGCAUUGAUUUAUCACAAUUGAUGGGGAUCCCUUACAUUCUGAGUUUUUAUCUUUUAUUAAAGAAAAUUAUUUUCUUUAGUUAUCAAAGGAAAAGCAGAGUUGUUACCAAGUAGCCAUCUUUGUCUAUCCAUUAACUAUUUGUACUUGGUCAUAUUUGUAAUAGUAAUAAUGGUGAAAAAAAUAACUAAAAACUUAUAUUUGGAAAUAAGGCAAUAGAACUCUGAACUGAAAUUCAAGAGACCCAGAAUUUUAAUACCAGUUGACUAAUGACAAGCCAUUUCUCCUCUGGGUUCUUAAUCUAUUAAAUAUGAAUAUUGUAUAUAAUCAUAAGAUCAUUAUACUGCUAAUUUGGAAUGAUUAUAAAUUAGACUAUAAGUUAGACUCAAUUUUAAGCUAAAUUCUAGUUAUCCAUUUUGUAAAUUUUUAAAUUGUUAAAAGUUUAGUAAAGUGUUAAUUUAGAGAUAGAGAAUCUGAUUUAAAAUCUCAUCUCUGCUGGUGAUUUUGGGCAGGUUUCUCUCUUGAAAAAGCUUUCUUUUUUUCCCCUAGUGUUGAAGAGUUUAGAAAAGGUGAUCUCCAAGGUCCCUUCCUUUAAAUCCUUUUUGUCUCACCCUUCUUCGACUCUUUAUUCUUUAUGAAAAGAAUACAAGUUUUUUAUGUCUGAUAAAAAACAUAAUUAUGAUGGUAAUCUGAAAAAAAAUGAAAAGGCUAAAUAGAAAUAUAUAUGCUGUUUGUAAGUGUGUAUAUCUUUCAUUAUCCAAUACUGUGCUUUCAUUUCUCAGCUCAGAUGAUAGAAAAGACUAUAUUUGGAAAGCUAUGCUUUUGCAAAAAAUUUUCUUGACAUUUUAAACCACAAAAAUUUUUAUGAAAAUAAUGACCAAAAAAAUUUCACAUUAUAGAAUAAAAAACAACUUUUUUUGAAUUGUACUUUAUUUUUUUUAAAUCAGUUGCUUUGAUUGUAACCUUAUUUCCCCAAAGCUGUAGCAAUUAAUAAGUAGUCAAAAGAAUAAGCAAAUUCUAAUAAGAAAAAAAAUUAAAAUUAGGGUUUUUAAAUUUUAAAUCAAAUGAGGCUUUAUAGAUUAUACUAGAGCACAGGGUAAGGGAAUUAGGGGUAUCAGGACUAUGAGAGUAUUCUUAAUAUGGAACAAGAUGCUUGCUGAAAAAGUUUGUAAUAUCUCAGUUCUCAGGAUCCAGAUACAGGUUCUAACUUUAUACAUUUUGAGCAAAGGAUUGGCAUAACUGAAUUUUUAUUUUUGCUUUAUUGGAUGUACUCCCACUAGCUACUAUAAAUUUAAUGAUUAAAGUAUUUAAAUUUAGUCUCUUAAUGCAAUACUUUUCAAUAGUAUUACUUUAACAAAAAAAAAAAAGUGGGGCCUAUUUAGCUCAUUUUACAAAUAUUUAUUGUAUUAGGUCUUGGACAAGAUGAGGAGGUUAUGAUCUAUUUUAUUCUUUUGCUAUAUCCAAUAGAAAAGGGCCAAUUUCACUGAAGCCUUUGUUAAUUUUUUUAAAAAAAUGAAAAUAGAAGAAAAAUAAAUGAAAUAAGUUAUCAUAAAUAUGAAAUGUCUUUUUUUGGAGAAAAAACUUGAUGGAAAAAUCAGUUAUUCCUUUGAUUUCUUUUAUAUUAAAUUUUGUUACUGGUAUUUUAUAAACAUCCUUUUUAAUGUUUAUUAACAUUUUAUAAUAGAACAAUCAAUAAAAUGCAACAGCUUCUAACUUCAGUCAUAAUUGGUGUAAUCUGCUCCAGUUAUCUUUCAACAACAAAAAUAGUCAAUAAGGAAUGUGUUUCACCACUACAGCAAUUAUAAUGUGAUUCAUAUUGUAUAAAUAUAUGAACUGAGUCAAAAUUACCAGAGUGCUUAUUUAGAAAUGUAAGAUAUAUCCGUGGUUGAACAGGAAAUGUUAAAGUUCUUUUAUUGGUUUACUUAAUUAUAUUUUUCAUUUAAAUUUUGCAAGAUUUUAACACAUGAAUAAAUUAACUUUUGAAAAAGUAAAA